AUGUCAGGUCCUCAUCCUCCAGUAUCUAAUCCAAAUCUUGAAGGUUAUAACGUUGUUGCAACUUUCUGGAAACGUUUUUGGAAUUCAAACAAAGAUACCUUCACAACUCCAAGACCAAAGUGUUCCGGUGUCUAUGGUGAUGAAGGUAAAUUCAAUGUUUGGUCAGUAGCUGUUGCUACUCAGGCCGUGGUUGAUGGUGCUAGAAUCUAUCCUCAAGAAUUGGGACCUUUAAUUGACCCUUGUAUCAAAGCUCUUUACAAAUAUAGAUCUCCUCAAUUUUACGGUUAUUGUGCUGUGGAGAAUUUCCAAGGUAAUAACGAUAUUUAUUAUGAUGAUGAUGCUCAAGUUGCCUUUGCCAUAAUUGCAGCUUAUGAAGUCACUGGUAAUAAAGAGUAUUUAGAUAGUGGUAGAGAAUUGGUUCGUUAUUUGAUGGGUGGUUUGAAUAAUGACUCAAAAGCUAAAGUUAAAGGUGGGAUCUUGUGGCAUAGAGAUAAGCCUUAUAUCAGUGCCAUUUCAACAAGUGAAGUUGCAUUGGCUGCCUUAAGAAUUGCCAAAUUUAUCCCAAAUGAAGAAAAAAUUUAUGUUGAUUUCGCUGCUAAAACGACCGAUUGGUUACUUGAUGUUUUAUUAGAUAAAGGUGAUUAUUUAAUCUUGGAUGGUAUUGAUAAGAAUUCUGAUGGUGCUAAUGGAAUGAAAUGGACUUACAACACUGGUACUGCUUUGAGUGCUGCUUCAUUAUUGUAUGAAUACACCAAGGAUAAAAAAUGGUUAAAACAUGCCAAUGAAUUAGCCGCAGCUGCUACAAACCGUAACAAGUCAUUAUUUUGCAGAGAUUACAAUGAAAUGGAUAGAAGAUAUUGGAGGGAUCCUUCAUAUUUCAUUCAAUUACUAUUUGAAGGUUUUGCAGAUUAUUUAUUGGUUGUUGGUAAUGAAGCACCAGAAUCAACUGCAAAUGCAAUCAAAAGAGAAUUGAAACGUCAUUUAGAAUUCUUUAGGAAAUAUCAUUAUGAUCCAAAUGAUGGCUUAUAUUUCCAAAUGUUUGAAGCUCAUAGAAUCUCCAAAGAAAUUUGGGAAUUAUAUUGUGAACAAUUUGGUAGUACUAAAGGUUUUGAUCCAAAUAACGAAGAAAGAGCUCAAGAAGGUGAUGGUGGUCCAGGUGAUAAGCCAUUAGUUAAAACUUUGAUUGGAUCUGGUGCUGCUGCUAGAAUUUGGUUCCAAGCUGCUAGAGUUAUUCCAGACAUUCCUUACAACUAA